AUGAAGAGCCUAAAACCAGGAAGGGAAGAAAUGCAGCUUGAGUUUGGUCGAGUUGUUCAGCUCCAAAUCCUUCAUAGUCAUGUGGUCCAAAAUAGAGAUUUACUGGGAUUUGGGCCCCUCCCUGUACAGAAUGAGAGAGCUCCUGGGCAUUCUGGUUCAAGGAAGUUAUUAGUAUCAAGAAAUGAUCAGCUGCAUAAAACUGCAUGCAAACCAAGACUGAUAAUGGCCUUUGCAAGCAAUAAAGAAAGUGGCAUUCAAGUUGGAGAUAGGCUUUAUUUAGGGAUGGAUUUUGGAACUUCUGGAGCUAGAUAUGCUCUUAUUGACAAGCAAGGGAUAAUUCAAUCUGAAGGAAAGAGAGAAUAUCCAGUUUUUAUGAGUGAAGAAAAAAUGGAUUGGGCGCGGUCAUGGAGGACAGUGCUUUUCUCACUGCUAGAGGAUGUUCCGGUUCAUCUCCGCCCACUUGUUGCUUCUAUUUCAAUUGAUGGUACUUCUGCGACCACAAUCAUAGUAGACAGCAAUACAGGAGACCCGUUAUGGAGACCAUUCCUUUACAAUGAGAGUUUCCCUGACGCUUUGCCGAUGGUAAAAUCUAUUGCUCCUGCAAACCAUACUGUUUGCUCCGGCUCGUCUACCUUGUGCAAGCUCGUCUCAUGGUGGAACAUAGAGGAGUCAAAUAAAAAAUCAGCGUUGUUGUUGCACCAAGCAGAUUGGCUGUUGUGGCUUCUUCAUGGAAAACUUGGAGUGUCAGAUUACAAUAAUGCUCUAAAGGUUGGUUAUGAUCCUGCAUCAGAUUCAUAUCCACCAUGGCUGCUUUCUCAGCCAUAUUCACAACUUUUACCUUCUGUUAUGGCUCCGGGAACUUCAAUUGGCAAUUUAAAAGAGGACAUUAAAACACAAUUUGGUUUUCAAGAGGAUUGUAUCGUAUGUGCAGGAACAACGGAUAGUAUAGCUGCUUUCCUUGCAGCACGCGCGACGCAACCUGGGAAAGCUGUCACUUCAUUAGGCUCAACCCUUGCUAUUAAGUUACUGAGCACUAUGAGGAUUGAAGAUGCGCGAUUUGGAGUGUAUAGUCACCGCCUUGAUGAUAAAUGGCUGGUUGGAGGUGCUUCAAAUACUGGUGGAGCUGUUCUUAAACAGUUUUUCACUGAUGAGCAACUGCAGAAAUUGAGUGAACAUAUAAAUCCAAUGAAAGCUUCUCCUCUAGACUACUACCCUUUAAAAUCAGUUGGUGAGAGAUUUCCUGUGGCAGAUCCAAAUAUGGUUCCCAGUUUACAUCCACGACCAGAAAGUGAUGUGGAGUACUUGCAUGGUAUUUUGGAAUCUAUUGCACGUAUAGAGGCAAAGGGAUACAACUUGUUAAAGGAUCUAGGAGCAACCCAGGCUGAGGAAGUUUUUACCGCUGGAGGUGGUGCAAAAAAUGAAAAAUGGACAAAGAUACGAGAGAGAGUACUUGGCUUGCCCGUGAGUCGGGCAAUGCAAACAGAGGCUGCCUAUGGAGCAGCAUUAUUGGCAUUGAAGGGUGCUCAAAAAAAUAGUUAUUGA